UUUGAGUAAUCAAUGGCAUACGUGUUCCCACUCUCUAUAUAUACGUGUGCCAAAUGUCAGAUUUCACACAACUUGAAGAAGAACAUCAGUGUUUGUAUCACCAAACCAAUCUCUAACCACCUUGCUCUGCUUCUAUCCCCUGCUUCUCUGGGAAGUUACUUUCACACACUUUUUGUAUCAACAUUUCCCCUGUUUUUGAACCCUGUAUUCCUCUGUUUCAUAUCAUACCUUCCUCUGUUUUCAGCUUCCUCUGUUUUCAGCCCAAAACAGAGCAUCAGUUUCUGUUUAUCAUCAUCAACUCAUCAUUCAUUGAGGAUGGCUGUUAAGACAAUUGAAUUGCUGAAAGGAAGUGCAUCAAUUGAAGAGAUAAUUGAGGUUCUGACAACAGUGGCUUCGGAUUUGGGGGAUGAUGUGGUCGAUGAUUUGAGCACUUUGCAGGUGAUUCCAUUGAAAGGUGCAAUGACCAAUGAGGUUUUCCAGGUAAAUUGGCCAACAAAAAAUGGUGAUGAUCUGAGAAAGGUGCUGGUUCGAUUGUAUGGCGAUGGUGUUGAAAUUUUCUUCGACAGGGAGGAAGAAAUUCGAACCUUUGAGUGCGUUUCAGAACAUGGUCAGGGGCCACGCCUUCUUGGUCGGUUCACCUGUGGCAGAGUAGAGGAGUUCAUUCAUGCUAGGACUCUCUUGGCUGCUGACCUCCGCGACCCUGACAUAUCUGCUUUGAUAGCAUCUAAGAUGAGAGAGUUCCACAACCUUCAUAUGCCUGGUGCAAAGAAGGUUCAGAUUUGGGAGAGAAUGAGGAAGUGGCUUGGUGAAGCCAAAAGUUUGUGCUCCCCAAAGGAUGCAACAUUUUUUGGCUUGGAGAAUCUGGAUGAGGAAAUAAAUAGCCUUGAGAAGAAGUUAUCUGAAGGAUAUCAAGAGAUUGGUUUUUGUCACAAUGACCUGCAAUAUGGUAACAUAAUGAUGGAUGAAGAGACAAGAUCACUAACUAUAAUUGUGAGUUGUGGCUGUAAAUUAUUUACCUCUGGUUUCCCCUGUUCCAUAUUUUUUGUUCCUGUUCUAAUAUUUUUAAUGAUGCAGGAUUAUGAAUAUGCGAGUUACAAUCCUAUUGCAUAUGACCUGGCAAAUCAUUUCUGUGAAAUGGUGGCUGAUUACCACAGUGACACACCUCAUGUUCUUGACUACAGCAAAUAUCCUGGACUAGAGGAGCGUCAAAGGUUUAUCCGUAUCUACCUGAGUUCUCAAGGCAAGAAACCCAACAAUGCUAAAGUGAUCCAGUUAGUGAAUGCUGCAGAAAAAUACACGCUCGCAAACCAUCUAUUUUGGGGCUUGUGGGGACUUAUUUCUAGUUAUGUCAAUAAAAUUGACUUUGAUUACAAAGAGUAUGCAAGACAGAGGUUUCAACAAUACUGGUUGAGGAAGCCUACCUUAUUGGACACACAAAGCAUCCAACUAUGAAUUGCUAAUUUUUAACUAUCAAUAACAUCUAAAGGCAUGAUGUCCAGCCAAUAGUAUAUGUAAAUAAUAUAAUCACGAACUAUGUGUGAUGGGUUUUUGACAAUUUUAACUAAAUUUGCUUAUCAAUCCCUUUCUUUUGGGAUUAAGUUGAGUGAUUAAAUUGAGAAUCUGUAGUUAUGUUUUUGUCCUUUCAGCUUUACACAUUGAAUGAUGUCACAUAAUGUUUGAGGUUUUCUUCU